AUGGAAAGGGAAAAUGUAAGGGGGGUGGGGGUGGGGGGUGCGAGUGGCGGAAGGGGGGUAGGGGAGUGGAAGGAAGAAGGGGGUGGGGGGGAGGAGGGGGGGGGUGGGGUGAGAGGGGGGAGGUGGGUAAAGAUGGGGAGGGGGGGGUGCGGUAAGGAAGGGGGAAACAUUCCUCAUCUCCUCCCUCUCUCCUCUUCCCCUCCUCCCCCCUCGCUUUCUCCUCAUCUCUCCCUGCUCUUUCUGCGCAUCUUCCUCAUCUUCUUACCCCUGACCCCUCAUCUCCCCUCCGCAUUCCCCUUCAUCUUUCCCCGCUCUCCUCUCAUCUCCCCUCCGCAUUCCCCUCAUCUUUCGCUGCUCUCCUCUCAUCUCCCCUCCACAUUCCCCUCAUCUUUCCCCGCUCUCCUCUCAAUCUCCCCUCCGCAUUCCCUCAUCUUUCUCCGCUCUCCUUCCAAAUCGCCAAUCGUCUCCCCCGGUCUCCCCUCGCUCGGCUCCCCCCACCUCUCGGCUCCCCCCACCUCUCAUUCCUCCCCAAGUUACCCCUCAUUUUUAUUUCGACCUCCCGUCAUCCCUCCGCCAUUCCCUGCUCCAUUUUCUUGUUAG